CGAAAAUUCACUCGAACACCACAUAAAGUCGCAAGGACUUGUGGGCAACCCCAACUCGAGACGAGGUACUCGAGACGAACCCAGAGGUACCACCGCAUCACCCCACCCACAGAGACGGAUGACCAAAACAACACCACCAGGAACGGGAACGCGGCUGGCAAUGCGAAACCUCCACCCACCCCGUUUUUCCCGACCCCAAAUAACCACAGCAGUAAGCAUGAAUGA